AGCAACAACAACUGACACGUAAAUUUUAAAGAAGUUCUCUGGCUGGCUGGCGUGUGAGAAUCAGUGCAAUCGGUUGGUGUAUCAAUUGUCUCGCCCAGAGGCAGCCGCGAAAUGCUGUAUCGUUUGUCGGAAUCAAUUACAUCGUUGUUCUUCUGGUAGCCUUGAGAUUACUGCAAUACGCCCUCGCUUCCCAUCUCGUAGCAGUACAACGUAUCCACCCCAGCAGCAGGAACCUUUUGGAAAUGGGUCGUUCCGUGGUUUGCGAAGCCUAUCUGGAGGAUUACCUGCGGAAUCUUUCGAAGCAACGAGGCACCAGCGUUGGACUGCUGAUUGGACAGCCUUCGUCCAGCGGCAAGGACUACGUCGUUCAUCUGAACAAAAUCAAAGACGCGGCUGGAGCGGAAGAAAACCAAGGUCUACUGGAUAUUGAUAAUCAACAGGUCUCGCAGCAUGCCCUCAUCGAGACCCGGGUGCUUCCGGGAGGAUUCUACGUCCUGGGAAUCUUCGUCAUCAAUCCGAAAUCCAUCUUCGAAGACCAGAACCUGCUGCGAAAGGUGAAAACCAUGCUUGUUGAUAUGCGACAUACCUUCAGCUCCAGCGCUCUUCUACAAGGAAAUUGUGACGAUCUGGAUGGCGGAGAGAAGUUGGUGUUCUACUAUUCAUCCGGCAGUAACGUGUUUGGUUGCAAAAGUAUUGCACUCAAAUCGGAGAGCCUUUCGGUGAAACCGUGCGAUUGGAAGUUUCAGGAACGGGCCACUUCCUGGCAUGUGAUGAGCACAUUUUUCGAAACCGACGAUGUGUUUUCGCUGAAGAAGAAAUCCGUUGAUCAGUACGAUACCGAGAGCAAUCUGACCGAAUGUGUGGAAAUCUUGAAAAAGGAUCUGGAUGAUGGAAUUAUCUUUUUCGACGGAUGUUCCAGAGAUGGCAAACGACUGGUUGAGGCUUCUUUGAAGGAAAAGAAGGAUGAUCCGUUUAUCGUACAUAUCUAUUUGAAAUCGAAACCAGACCAAGAUAUAGCGAAUCGAAAGAUAAAAACCUUCCCAGGAACCAUGAAAUUCGAAGGAAUUGUUAGCAGCAAAGUGUUCGUUCAUCCGAAAAAUACCUUUGCCGAGGUCGAAUCCUUCAUCCGGACGGACAUCAUUCGCUCACUAAUGUCCCGGAUCCAAAUCCACUGUGAUUCCUUGGUUCAGUCGGAGGAUUCCGUUCCGGAUAUUAUCAUGCUGAACGAACUACCCCGACGAAUUUAUUUCCCCAUCCGCCCGAAAGUACAUCAGAUCCUGUUCAGCGAGUACCUGUUCCGGGAAGAGCCGAAAGAAACCGCCAUUCCCCAGAUCCGGGAAACGUUGGACUUGGCGGUACUUCCGAAAGAACUCAAUGCCACCAUCGAAAUCGAAGCAGAAAUCAAGGAAGAGGAACGGCACGAUGCCGAAGAGUGUAACCUGACGAUGAGCAAGAAGCCCAAGGUCAAAAUGGAUCCGAUUAUGGUGGGUGGGCUGGCAGCCAUCGUCGUGCUUGUAGUGGCCAUUUUGGUAUUUUUAAUCACGAAAUAAUUCCAUUCUUUGCGUGUGUCUGUGAACUGUUUUUUGGAAAUACCAUUCGAUUUUAUACUUAUUUUUGGAUCUAAUCGUUGAAUAAAAGUAUAUAUUGUUAUAUCUAAAAA